AUGAAUGACAUUAAAAAUAUAGAACAACGCUUAGAGAUUUUCCGCAAGGCAAUAUUCACGGAAGAAUCCAGCGAUUUUAAGGGCGUUGUUCUUGCAACAAGCACUGAAAAACCAAAUCUUUAUUCAGUUGAUGAUGCGAUAUUCAGAUGGAUUUAUGGUGUCUUCGUUACAAACUCAUACCUUAUCAUUACACCAGACAAAUUAGUUACAUUAUGCAAGGAUGACAAAGCCUCAGACGCAAUUGCUGCCGCUAGAACACCAGAAAAGGUCAUAAUUGACCAGCUCAAGGGAUCCAUAGCUGACCAAGUUAAAAUUUAUGCAAAUGGCCGUCUUUUUGGCUCUGAAAACGCAAUCGCCGACUCUGAUCUUUCCAGCCUUUCAUUGACUGAUAAGACAUACGAUUUGGAAGGUGUUCUUAUUGUCCACCUUGAUGUUGAGCUUGCUCGUAUCCGUAAUGCAGCCCGUGUUGCUGAUGGUGCCCUUACGAAGGUAUUCAAGCUUCAAAUGGAACAAAUCAUCGAAUCAUCUGAUACAAUAUCACUUAAAUCUCUUUCAAACGAUACCCGUAAGGACUUGAACAAUCCUUCAAAGGUCAAUCCAAAAUUAAACCCAUCAGAUGUCGAGCCAGCAUUCCGUCCAGCCAUCAGAUGUGGUAGCAACUUCGACAUCGACUUCCCACCAACCAUCGGAGAAGGCAAUCUUACAACAGAUUUCGUUAAUGCUACAAUCGGUAUCAACUUCAAGUCAUAUUGCGCUUGCGUUGGCCGUACAUACAUCAUUAAUGGUUCUGAUGAUGUCAAGAGGGCUUACAAGUCAUUAGUUAAAGCCAAACAAGACGCAUUCGAACAAUGCAAGGCCGGCAACACACUUGGAGCCAUCUACCGCGCAUUCGUCAAGGGCCUCGAUGAGCAAUACCAACAGUACGUUCCACAUUCAAUCGGUGGCUUCUGCGGAACAUACGCUAUUUCCAGAAGACACCUUAUCACUGACGACUCCGAAGAGAAGAUCCCCAACAACUGCUCCAUUAUUCUCGCUCUUGGCCUUAAGGGCGUCAAAAUUGGAGAUCAGCCACCUUUCUCUUUAUCCCUCGUUGAUACAGUCCAAAUUGCCGAUGGCGAGGACGGAGUUAAAUUCGCUACAAACGCUAAGGACCGCUACAAGUUAAUUUCCUACAAACUCAGCAACGAAGACCAAGAUUCAAUUUUACAGGAGAUGCUUAACGAUCAGCGUCCAAUGUACGAGCGUACACGUAACAAGACCGGCUCAGGCACCAAGAAGGAUGAAGAAGAUCCAGAAAUGCUUGCUUACUUCGAGAGUAUCAAGAAUCAACGCAAAUCCACCUCUUCUUCCACCUCAUCCAAGAACAAAGAUGAUGAUUCUGACAACACGCAAUAUACUUCAUUCGAUAAUAUGUCAGAUCUUACGACAAGAGGUGUUACAACGAUAGAAAUCAUCAAACCAAGAUGGACAGUCUUACUUCCAAUGUAUGGCCGCUUAGUUCCAUUCCAUAUCAACACGAUCAAGUCAGCAAAGGCUUCAACAUCAACAGAUUCAACAGAAUCAAAACUCGAUAUCAACUUCAACAUUCCUAAGGCUACGGAUAGUGAAACCUUCAAAUACUUCAUCAAAGAACUUACAUUCUCCCAGAAAGGAAACCAGAUGUUCGACCAAAUUGCCAAAGAUAUCAACUCCAUGAGAAGCCACUUUACGAAACUCCUCAAGCGUAAGCAAGAAGAGAAGACUCUUUACAAGGGUGAAGAUCUCAUCCCUCUCCAGGCUGGUCCAGGAAAGAAUAUUCCUCGUAUCUCCGGCCACGUCCAUCUUCGUCCAGCUCUCAACGGUAACAAGACUGUUGGUACCAUCGAAGCCCACGUAAACGGCUUCCGAUUCAGAUCCACCACUCACGAACGUCUUGAUGUUAUGUAUAAGAACAUUGAACUUGCCAUUUACCUUCCAGCCACAGAGGAUAACGAAAUGAUGACUCUUAUCCACUUCUACCUCAAGAAACCUAUCACCACAGGUAAACAAUCCUCCCAACACAUUACAUUCUACAAACCAACAGGAGACACAUCCGUAGAUGUUUCCAAACAAGGCAAUUCCAUGACAGACCAAGCCGAACUUGCCGAAGAAGAGCGCGACAGAAAGAUCCGCAAGAAGAUCAACAAAGAAUUCAAGUACUUCAAAGAUUUACUUGAAGACAAAGAGCUCGGAUUAGAUAAUCCACCUAAAUUAGUUGUUCCACACAAACAAUUAGGUUUCUACGGUGUUUGUUCCAAGGAAAUGUCCGUUAUCUAUCUUCUUCCUAAUGCUAUUGCAUCUGUUGUUAAUUCCCCACCUUUCGUUCUCAUGAUGGAUAGAGUCGAUAUCGUUGUAUUCGAACGUGAAACAUUGUCAGUCACAAACAUCGAUAUCAGCUUCAUUCUCAAGAAUCUCACACAGGAAGUUGUCCAGAUUUCUCAUGUCUCUGUCACUGAUGCUAAGAACAUCAAGCAAUGGCUCGGCGUUCUUCAGAUUCCAUUCUUCAGCUCAAAGAACAACAUCACAUGGAAAGAUGUCAUUCCUAACAUCCUUAAGAAGGGAAGAGCUUACUUCGAAUCAGAAAUCGGAGGAUGGAAGGGAUUCUUCAAUGAUGAAGAGGAAGAAGUUGACUCUGAAGUCGAAGAUAAGACAUGGAAAGAUGAUGAUGACGAUGAGGGAUUCGAUGGAGGAGAUGAUGACGAUGAUGAAGAAUUUGAUGCUGCUCCUUCUGAUGAAGAUGAAGACGAAGACGAGAUGCCAGCUGAAGACUCUGAAGAUGAGGGUAAGGACUGGAGACAAUUGGAUGAAGAAGCUAAAGCUGCAGAUGAAAGAGCUAAGGCUAAGAGAGAAAGAAAGAAAGAACAUCAUCAUCACCAUCACCAUUAA